AUGCAAAGGAGGAAAGAAAGUCAUAGGAAGACGAAAGUCACAGGAAGACGAAAGUCACAGGAAGACGAAAGUCACAGGAAGACGAAAGUCACAGGAAGACGAAAUUCACAGGAAGACGAAAGUUACAGGAAGACGAAAGUCACAGGAAGACGAAAGUCACAGGAAGACGAAAGUCACAGGAAGACGAAAGUCACAGGAAGGCGAAAGUCACAGGAAGACGAAAGUCACAGGAAGACGAAAGUCACAGGAAGACGAAAGGGUUUACCGAAGCGUCUUCUCUUCUUCUCCGAUCAACGGUGGCGCGAUCUCUCUUCACACUCUCACCGCCUUCGCUUCCUCGUCUUCUCCGAUUCCUUUUCCGAUGAUCUCCGCCGCUCCAUCUCAGCUUCUUGCUUCAAACCAUGUUUGCUCACUCAUUCUUCUUCUUCACGUUCGAUACUGCAUUUGGUGUUGAUUGAUAUGCUGCGUUUCGAAGUCAAUGAAGAUUGUUGUUGUUGUUGUUGUGGAUUUUCGUUGAAUAUGAUGCAGCAACUUGGAGAUGCAGAAGAUUGGUGCGUUGAAACGGUUUCAUAUAUGGGAUUGAGACAAUGA